AUGUCACAGCCCAGUUGUCAACGUACAUUGACGCAGUUUUCAGCCACUUUGGAGAACUGCUCGCCUCCUUCCAACUCUUUGGAGGGCUCCCCAUCGACUAUCUCGCCUGGCACCGUAUUAUCUCCAAAUGAGAAUGAUGUCGAUUGUGACCUGCUUCAAGACGAUGCUUCAGAAGAUGACAGCUUUUCAAACAAGUCCUCUUGCUUCACGCCGCACUUUCCUCUUCCCGAAGAACUCAUUGAUUUUGUCAAUUCAUACGCAUUCUCUGAUAAAAACCACGCCUCUAUUGAGGAAAUGCUGUGUCAUACUCUUCAUCUCCCGGGUACACUUUCUUCAUCUGACAUUCUCAGAAAUUCGAAUUCCUCUCCCCCUAUUUCCCAACAAUCCUGUAAAAAGUCUCAUCCGUCUUCCUCUUUUCAUCGAUUGCACCAUGUCGCGGACGGGGAUCGACAGUCGAAAAAGCGCAAACUGAAUCGAGAUGCAGCAUUUCGAUAUCGACAAAAAGUAAAAGUGAAGAACGAAAAGUUACAAGGCGAACUGAAUGCGGCUAUCCAAGCCUUCAAGGACGCUCGCAAGUUGUAUGAAAUCGCGCGUGGUGCAUUUGAUGCUCUCAAAAAAGUUGUUGUUGACAUGGUCGUUGCUAAUGUUCCAUCUUGUCAUCAAACUCAUUCUAUCUUGUAUUAA